AUGAUAGAAAUUAGAAAUAUAUUAUUAAUAGGCAGUAGUGGUAAAGGAAAAUCCACCGUGGCAAAUGUUUUAACCGGUACUAAUGAAUUUUAUGAAACUCCAGAUCGUAUUCGUGGAACCGACAAUGCAAAAGCCGAAGAAUUUGAGCAUGAAGGGAUAAAAUAUCGUGUCACUGAUACCAUAGGAAUUGGAGAUCCUAUCAGGUCGACAGGAGAAAUAUUAAGUAAAUUAGAAGACAAAGCUGAUAUUAUUAGUGAAGGCUUAAAUCAAAUAUUAUUUGUAACUAACAACCGGUUUACUAAGGAGGAAGUUGAAGCAUAUGAAUUACUAAGAAAAGCUAUUUUUGAUGAUCAAGUAGCUGAUUAUACUACUAUUGUCUGCACCAAUUUUCCCGAGUUUAAAGAAGAAGAACUCUGUCAAAGGGAUCGUCAAAAAUUCAGAGAAGAAAUCGCUAAACUUUCAAUUCCGCUUGCUUUAACUGCGAUUAUUUAUGUGGAUAAUCCACCAUCGAAAGGUCUUUACAAGAGUAUAUCAAAAAUUUCACGAGAUGCAUCUCGUAAAGUAUUGUUAGAAUACUUGACAAGCCGUCAAAAAGUUUACCGACCUGAGCUGCUUGCUAAAUUCAAGAUAAUGGUUGAUGAGUUCAAUUUAAUCUUAGAAGAUACUAAUAAAGCAAUCAAUAAUUUUGAUUUUUAUAACAAUGCAAAAUGCUUAAGAGAAUUUAUUUGUGAACGGGAAAAGAUAAUCAAAAUUAUCGAAGCGCGCAGAGAGGAAGUGAAAGAAUCUAUGAAAGCUCGAUUUUCCAAUAAUACGCUGGGUAAUUCCGCUAUAUUGGGUGCGGGUGGAUUGUUGGGCGUUGCUAGUUCCGAUUCUGCUGCGAUAAUCAAGGAAAGUGAAGCAUAUAAAUUAUUCGAAGAAACUCUUGAAAAAGACAAGGAAAGACGUGGUGAAUUAGAAAAAUCACAAGUUGGAUUAAGAGAAUCUAUCAAAGAGCUUGAGAAAAUCCACCUUCGCUUUACGAACUCGGAAUAUAGAAAAAAGAAUGUGGAUAGAAAAAGGAUCGAAAUAAUUGAGAAUGUGCUGAAAAGAAUUCUGGGUGAAGAAAUUGAAAUUGAUAUGAGCUUGACAAGCGAUGAAAAACUGAACAUUCUACUGGAUCAUAAGGAAGUUGAAAGCCGCACUUCUUUGGUUGAUAUGGAAAAGGUAAUUAAAAAUUGGGGAGAAGAGUUAGAAGCUUUAAGGGGAAAAGAAAAACUACUUUAUGAUGAGUAUGAAAAAAUUAAGUGGUGCAAGGAGGAAAUGGCAAAGUUAAAUAAUGAGCAAAACACAGAGGAAGAGGUUCAAGCUAAACACCAAUUAAAUGUGGAAAAUGCGAAUGCUUUAUAA